UCACAACUGGAGCGCGCGCACGGCGCAAGUUGGGCGAGAGCGCGCACAGACGGACGUUAAGCGCGCGUUUGAUUGAAAGAGGCACAAGCACAGCUCCAGCUCACAGGAUCAUCAAAAACGCCCUCCAACUACAUUCAUCCAACUAUUAUUGACAUAAAUCCGCAGAUAUGUACUGCGAAGACAAUUAAACGAAAUCCUCGAUGAAAAAGAAGCUGGAAUAUGCCUCCACCUGACAUCCAAAGGUAAAAAAUCUCCUCGGAAACCUCAGGAAUUGUGAUUUACGCUAACUAAGACUGAUAUUUUAACUAAUCCGGAGGAUAUACUUAUAUUAAAAUCGUUCUGGGGAACUCGGUGGCUGUUUCUUAUAUGAAGAUAAGUGUUGGUGAAGCAGGGAUGAUGACAGUUUGAAGCGGACGCGACUCCCGCCGCUCAUUUUCAUGGAGUUUAUAAGCGGGAGCCGCUAGAAUGGAAACCGUGAUUGAUGAAACGGAGGCCUUACAGAGAUUCUUCGAAGGUCAUGAUAUUAACAGCUCUUUGGAGCCAGCAAACAUUGACACCAGUAUCCUGGAGGAAUACAUCAGCAAAGAGGACGACAGCGCUGACAUUUGUUUCACGGAGGUCCACAGCGGCCCAGCACCACAGUUCUCCUCUGCCCAGGCAGGGGCGUCCUCUUCAGGGGGGGUAGGGUGUGGCGUGAGCCCCCCAAUCCCCCUGCGUCAGAGCACCGUCCCAUCCCUGUCCCAGUCCUGCCAGAACCCCUACCCGGGUGCACCGCCGUUGGGUCACAUCAGACACAACUACCCCUGUCUGGGGCAGCAGCAAACCCAAAACAUCAAGCCGGAUCACCGCGGACAGUACGCACCAGGAACGCUACCCGAGUCUCCUCCGGACUCCAGCUCAGAGCCAUACUCACCCCAGCAAGCUAACGAUCCGCACAUGCUCAGAACGAUGACGCCUGAGAACAUGUGUCACAUGACCAGUCCUCCGCCUCUACAAACACAUCCACACUAUCCCAGCAUGCACCGGGACAUGUACCUGAAGCCAGAGCCCAUGAUUUCGCAGUAUCCGAUUGGUCCAGCUAGCGGCGGGGGCGGAGACAUGCAGCAGACUCAGAUGCUUCAUCAACUCCUUCAACAUCCACAAACACCAGAUGGGAUGCCCGUCCAUCCGGCAAAGAAGAGAAAACAUUCAGACUCUCCCAACAACACACUCAACUCUCAGAUGCUCACAGGCAUGAUCAAACAAGAGCCAGGCCUGAUGCAGGACGCAGAAAACUCAUACCUGGACCCGAACUACCAGUGCAUCAAGUGGCAGGCACACCAGCAGAACAAGUGGACCACGCUAUACGACUCCAGCGGGAAAGAGCUUCCGAUGCCCACCUAUAGAGUGGACGCAGAUAAAGGCUUCAACUUCUCCCUGGCUGACGAUGCGUUUGUGUGCCAGAAGAAGAACCACUUUCAGGUGACCGUCUACAUCGGGAUGCCCGGAGAUCCCAAAUACGUGAAGACCAGCGACGGCCUGCAGCCCAUCGACUGCUUUUACCUGAAGCUCAACGGAGUCAAGCUGGAAGCCAUGAAUCAGUCCAUUAAUGUGGAGCAGUCUCAGUCUGACCGCAGCAAAAGACCCUUCAAACCUGUGCUAGUGACUUUGCCGCCAGAGCAGGUUACUAAAGUCACGGUGGGUCGUCUUCACUUCAGCGAGACCACCGCUAAUAACAUGAGAAAGAAAGGCAAACCCAACCCUGACCAGAGGUACUUCAUGCUGGUGGUGUCUCUGCAGGCUCAGUGUCACAGUCAGAGCUUCAGUGUGGCGGCUCACGUCUCCGAGAGGAUCAUCGUCAGGGUAACCGCUGCGUCGAACCCAGGUCAGUUUGAGAGCGACAGUGAGGUGCUGUGGCAGCGAGGGCAGCUGCCAGACUCUGUGUACCAUCACGGGCGGGUGGGCAUCAACACGGAUCGCCCCGAUGAGGCGCUCGUCGUUCACGGCAACGUGAAGGUCAUGGGCUCACUCGUGCAUCCCUCAGACAUCAGAGCCAAGGAGAACGUCAAGGAGGUGGACACAACCGAUAACCUGCGACGCAUUUCUCAGAUGCGUCUGGUUCAUUAUCAGUAUAAGCCUGAGUUUGCUGCGACGGUGGGCAUCGAUGCCACGGCUGAGACGGGAGUUAUUGCUCAGGAGGUCCAGCAGAUUCUCCCAGAAGCCGUGAAGGAAGGAGGAGACGUGGUGUGUGCAAACGGAGAGACCAUCCCCAAUCUACUGGUGGUCAAUAAAGAGCGGAUCUUCAUGGAGAAUGUGGGCGCAGUGAAGGAGCUCUGCAAACUCACUGAUAAUCUGGAGACCCGCAUUGAUGAAUUGGAGCGCUGGAGCCGCAAACUGGCCAAACUGAGGAGACUGGACAGCAUGAAGAGCACCGUCAGUGGAGGAACUGUCAGCCAAUCAGGAAGUUAUUUUAGCCGAACAGGAAGUGGCCCGCUCAAGAAAAAAUCACCUAUGCCAGGAAGCAAGCGGGCUGUCCCCGAGCAGAGCUGUCUGAGUCACAAGUUCAUGCAGGCAACCAUCCUGGCUUUGGUCAUCAUAAUGGCCUUCAGCGUCAUCUCCAUGUCCAUCCUCUAUGUGCUCAAUCUUCAACAGCAUGGGAGCGUUAGUGAUGUUGAGGGCUCUACGUCCCGCUGUCUUCUUUUCGUCUAUCGGACGCCCUUCCUCACUGCAGCCCUCACAUUCUGUCCAUCCUCCUGUCUGUGCAGGUCUCGUUCUGUUUUGGGAUCAGCUCGCCAGGCGUCUUUUUCUCCAUCAAGAGUGACCACAUCUACACUCUCUGCAGACUCCACCUCUCUGUCAGUGACCAAUCACCCGCCCUGCUGCCCGCCAACCCUUGCCACAACCAACCAAUCAGCAACUCUCAGUCUGUUGCCAGGCAACAACCAAUCCACACCAGACUCCAGCACCGUGGUUCCCACACAGGCCACCAUUAAUAAGAAGGCAAAGUCUCGGCCGCUGGAUAAAGAGAGCCGCAACAAAAACCGGCUGAGUCACACAUCGGCUCCGCUGUUCCUCAGUAAAGCCAAACGGCCUCCACAGCCGCCGGAAGUGAGCGGAGCCACCAAACGCCUGCCUGGCGGACAACAGACACCACAGAGGAGACAGCGCAGCGCCAACACCCACGACCCAACAGGCUGUCUGAGCAAACUGCAGAUCCUCCAGACCAAUCAGGAGAUCCGAGAACUGCACUGCUCCUCGCCAGAGACCUGCAGCUUUACCGUGUUUGUAAACGGUGAACACAACUCAUCCUCGUCUCACGUUACUCUGCACAUGAUCUCCUCUGAGGUGUUGUAUGUGUGGCGCUGUGGAUCCAGCAGAGGGCGACUCUGUCCAAAUUACCCAGACUCCUCUUUCUCUCUGUCGCCCAGCACUUUCACAACGGGCACGAGUCACGUGUGGUCACUUCCUGUCCUGCCCUUUCAGGAGGUCACCUACACUUUCAGACUCUCACAUUCAAGUCAGUCUGGCUGCGGCGCUGGAGAUGAGGUUCAGUCUUCACACUGUUCUGAGUACAGCUUCCUCAUUCACAGCACAUGCUAAAGAGCAUCACGAGGGCAUUCAGAGACUCUUAUCCGGAUGCAUCCAGAAAAAACUGCACGUUCUUGUACAAGAAAUAAGGAAAGAGCGCUUAUUUUAAAAAUACGUUUUCUUCCAAAAUUGCUUAGCAUUAAGCUCAAUGACGCAUUACUGCUUAUAAACAAACUCAAACACACAUACACACACAGAUUUACAUAUUCAAUAUAAACCGGUAUCAGUACCCGGGUUUCCAUUCUAACGUUAAGCUAAAUAUUUCAAAGUUCGCAACAAAAACAAAACAAAUGUGACUCAAGCACGUUUCCAUCUAGUUUUUAGAGAGGUUGACUGUAGUAUUGGUAACCUAGCAACCAACAGUAAACAAGGCAAACUUUCUUCCUAGCUUAUUGACAUAUUACUGCAUGUAAACACACUCGCACACAUACACAGAUUUACAUAAUAAAUGUAAACUGGUAUCAGUAGCCGGGGUUCCAUCCUAACAUUAAGCUAAUUAUUUCAAAGUUUGCAACAAAAAC